AGAGAGAGAGAGAGAGAGAGAGAGAGAGAGAGAGAGAGAGAGAGAGAGAGAGAGAGAGAGAGAGAGAGAGAGCGGAACAUCAAGGCACACAAAAUACAACAAAACUACGCAUUUCUAAUGCAAUAGCACCCAGCUGAUAAAAGAAAGACAUAGAACCCGAAUCUAUUGCGCGUCGAUAAUUCCGUGAAACCUGGUGGUGUUGUAUAAUCCAAUCAAAAGAAUCAAGAGAAUUCGUUCGUUUUGUUUUUAUUCAUUUCGAUGGCAUUUACCUGACGUUAAAACGCAUUUUUAUUUUUACCUUCUUUUUUUUAAAUCACAAUUGGAGCAUAUACAAUUACUUCUAUCUCGUUCACACUCACACCGUACGCGAUAAAAUUCCUUUUGGUCAAUCGACUAUCGUCGUCGUUGUCCGUUGAUCCAUAAAAGAGUCGUUUUUUUUUUCUUAAAAUUGUUGUUGUUAUUUGUUGUGUGAGUGAGGGUUUAAGCAUUUCUCUGUCAUCAAAACGCGACCAGCCAAAAGAAAACCGAUUUACCAACACAGAGCACACAAUGCAGGGAAUUUCGAAGUAUUUACGAUGGUCGCCAUUGUACACCUGUUGCUGUGUAUUUGUCAUCCUGUCAUCAACAGUCAUUGCGGUGCCCGUACGACCAAGACGCAUGGUUCGUGAAACAUUUUCAUUUGAUGCCAUUAAUAGUAACACAAUUUCAAAUGCGACUUGCCUCAACGAUGGUGUCGAGGUACAGAAAUCAUCAGUGAAAUGCGAAAUUCAAACUGGUUGCAAACUCAUUCAGAGGACAGGCGAAUGUUGUCCGGAUUAUCAGUGCUCGUGCAAUCACGAGGACCGAACGUAUGAAAACGGAGAGAAAAUCGUCAGUCAUAAUCCUUGCCGGCGAUGUUUGUGCAAGGGUGGUGAAGUUACGUGUAACGAUGUUUCUUGUUACAUUCGCGAUGACUGCAAACCGAGAUAUGUGAAAGGUGUUUGCUGUCCGACAUUCGACAAUUGUCCUCCAAUCGACGAUGUGAAAAUUGCGGCUACAAAAGAGACCGAAUCAAAAACCUCAAAGAAUGACUUGUUAAUAUCGUUGGCGCCGUCACCGACGACUGCCGUCAAUAGUCCAAGUAUUGAGAAAAAUCCAAUGCUCCAGUUGGCCAAUGAGAAUCCACUAGGCAUUACAAUUAAAGAAAUUACAAAACCCGAAGAGAUUAGAAUCACGGACGAUAAACCGAAACCAUUUAAUCCGUUCAAAUCGACGACGACAACAACAACAACUACCACCACCACAACGACGACCACAGCAACGCCGAGUACUACGAAUACCGAAACUUCCGCAGAAGACGUAACAAAAUUAUCAACAACUGAAUCGACAUCAAGUUCAACGGUGAGCAGCAUUAGUACGGAGAUCAGUAGUGAGCCAACAACCGAAGACACGAACCAAUCGAACGGAGACCAUGAAAGUCGUGAUUAUAUGGAUGACGGUGCGUUGAGUGGCGAUACGUCGGGUGCUCCACCAACAAAAGCCUCGAAAGAAGAAAGUGAAGUGGAGCCGCAAGUGCUUUUAGGCAGUGCCGAUUCAAAUACCAUCGGCGAUGAGUCGGGCAAUAAAAGCGUACGACAAACCACGGAAAACAGCACCAAUAUCGAUUUCGAUCAGUCUUCCGAGAGUAGUUCCGAACUGUACAGCUCAACUACGGAGAGUGCAAUUGAGUCAAGCACACCGGUUGGUGAUGCGUCAAGUACAGAAAGCAGCGGCGAAGUGAUUGAUCUAGUUUCAUCAACACCAAAGAAUUUGGUCUUUGUUCAACAUGGUGGUAAAACGGAAUCAUUCCAUAUUUCUGGAACGGAUGGUUUGCAGCGCGUUGAAGAAUUAGAAGUGUUGAGUUCAACCACGGAAAAUAGUCAAGAAGUUGGUGAAGCGGCCAUACAAUCGUCGAGCGAACAAUUGGACAUUUGGUCAACAAUUGAUAAUUUCGAUGGUGUCGAUAAUAAAUCAAGCGAGGAAUUGGUAAUGGAACCUUCGUCGUCAACCGUUGGAACAGCCGAAAAUUUCGAUGAAAGCAGUACAGUUUCAGUGGCAAUUAAUAAGAAACUCGAUAAUACGUUGAAUUUGAAUUUGAAUGACAACAGUACCGAACAUUUAACAAAUAAUUCCAUUGAAGUAUCAACUCCAGUCGCAGAGAGUGCGUCAGAAAAUUCAUCGGAAAUUUUAAUACCGGCUGAACUAGUUUACGGAACGGUAUACUACGGCGAAGAGAGAUCUACGGCGUCUCCACCGACGGACGUGCCGAUUGACACUGUUUAUUAUGGACCAACGGAAGAUGUUUUCGAUGCGUCAUCGACAACAGACGGGUUUGAAGCCAGCAGUACAACCGAACCAAGUACAACCGAACCAAGUACUUUGUCAACAACAGUUGGGCCGGUUUCAGUGACCGAGCCAUCGAGUGCACCAAAGACCUCAUCAACUGAACCAUUGCCAGAAGCAACUAGUCGAUUUUCGACAUUCGAUGAAGAAGAUAGCACGCAACCCGAAAAUCCGGAAUAUCCACCGAUCCCCGACGAUUUGAGCUUGGCCCACAAAGAUGAUGAGGAACGUCGUGCACCGAGCAAAGUCAUCGAAGACAAUGUGUCGUCAUCAACGGGUGGACCAUGCGAUGAAUGUGAUAGCGUGUUGAAAAGUGCCGAGUUGAGUACACAAGGUCCAUCAACAGUCGAACAGAUAAAAGCAUCGCACGAAUCGGAUGUUGUGGAAUCUCGUGCACCGGGUGAACCGCAUCUUAUACCCGAAUGGGAACGAACCACAACUCUAAAGGCCGAAGAAAGCACAACAUUUGGUCCCAAAGAAACGGUAACAGCAGUCAAUGAAAUCAAUAAAACGGCCAUUCUGGAUGGAGUAGUGAAAACGAAUAAAAGUGAAGCGUUGACAAAUAUCGAAACGCUUCCAAAUGAUGUGGAUUCGGAUGAGAAAUUCGGUCGCAAAGAGCCAACAACGGAACGACCGACAACCAGAGGCUAUGCCAAUUUGAGUGAAGAAGGCUCAGCCGAUGACUCAGCCCAAUCUAAUUUUGACAGUUCAACGGUUAUGGGCGCAACCGAUCCGAAAGACGAUGCUGAAAGCAUCAAAUACAACAGCAGCGGCGGUGAUAGCGUCUCAAAAGAAACAUAUUCCUUUGAAUGGCAAUCAAAUUCAGCGAAAAACUAUUGGCUUAACUUGGCCAGAGUAAAUGGCUGGGUAACACGGAAAUAAUUUGUUUUCGUCUUUUCUUUGACAUGAAACGUCUGAAACAUGAAUGCUCUUUUUAAAUAAAAUUAAAAUACAAUUUGUUGAUGAGUUCAUAGUUUGAAUUGAUCACCGAAAUCGGAACGAGUAACAAAACAUAGGCUGAAUUUCUUUUCUAGCCGUUUAGAAGCAACGUAUGAGAAUUUUUUUUUCUUCUUGAAAAUGAAUCAUUUUUGAAAUCGACGUCAUUUAUUCACCGAAUAACCGAAAGGAAAGUAGACAAAAUAGGAACUUAGAAACUUGAGCAAAGAUGAACAAAUGUGUAACGUAUUUAUUUUGCACAAAUUGUGCAUUAAUGAAUGAGAGUCGUGCCACAAGACUUUAUUUUAAAUUUAAUUUUUAAUGUUAGCGAUUAAAAUCUAGUGAAUCUGAAUAGGAACAACAAAAACAACAAUAAUUGAUGGAAUUUUUUCUUCUUCUCUUAGUUUAGAUUUUUUAGAUGAUAUUUUAGUUAUAUAUGUAUUGUUCAUGAUUACGACGUUCGUAAUUAAGACGAGUUAGCAUGAGAGAGAGAGCGAGAGUAUUUGCGAGUCUAAAUUUAUCAGUAAAAUGUGCAAUUAAGUGUGUUUACCCGCUCCGUGAAGCUCGAGUCGGCGCACGUGCGCCUAUUGAAAUUAAUUUGUAAGGUCUUUGCGGUGUGAGUCAGAAAAAACGCACUACGAAUUUGCAUUUUGGCUUCGAACGAACGAACUUCUAUUACUUUUUCGUGUGUGUAUGUAGUGAGAAAUGCUACAUUUCCUAUAUUUUCUUCUUCUUUAUUUAAAUACUAAAACAUUCUUCACUUUAAUUUUGUCCUUCAUUUUUCCAUUUCCUUCAUUUCGCGAGCUGUUUUUCUAUUUCGAUUAGAUAACAUAAUUUUUUAUGUGAUAUAGAUUUCAUUUUUGCAUUUUUUUUUGUUGUUGUCUCUUUUCAUUCAACUAUUUCACCCGAAAUUUUCUCAUUUAGCGUGUAAUGAACCAUUUCGCACACAUUCCAAAAUUUACUUUACAUUCUUAUAAACUACAUGCGAUCAAUUUAGGAAAAUGCUAUUCACUAGAUAUGAAGAUUCUUCAACGAAGAACAAUUCGUUUUCUUGCAUGUUUAGACAUUCUAGAGCAAAUUACAGCAAAUUUAUCUUUAAAACAAUACAAUGACAUUAAUUUUAAAUAGAAUUUUUAAUUAUUAUUUAUUGACAUGUGCUAUAACAAAAUUAUGUACGAUAAUAAUUUGAAUGCUGUAAUAUCAUGAAUAAAGACCAUUGAAAUUGGAA